AAAACGUAUCGUUACUACACAUUUUGAUAAUGCUUUAAUGAAACCAAUCGUUCUGUAAUUACAAAAAUUGGUGUGACUGACGUUUAAAUAAAAAUUAGUGUCGGUUAACGUUCAAUUGUGACAGUGUCGUUAAUUUUAAACAAUGUAAAUGCCAAAACUUUUGAUUUAAGCACGAACUAUGUCGACGGAAAAUGGAUUUUCCACUUCAACUUUAACCGAUCAAAGCUCGCUGGACCACUUAUCCUCAAGAAACCUCUUACAAGAUUUAGCCACACCGAUCAGUUCGAGUUUAUCUUCCUGUUCGAUGGUGUGCCGGAUAUGUCAAACGUUUUCCAAACAAGAACUCCUAAUUUCCCCUUGUAAUUGCAAAGGAAGCUUGGCGUACGUCCACUUAUCAUGUUUGGAGAAAUGGUUAAAUCAAGCGGGUCGAACUUAUUGUGAAAUCUGUAUGUACCAAUUCAAUUCGACUCGUACGCCACGUUACGGUUUCUGGGAAAGUAUACGUUUAUGGUUUCGACACCCAAUUAACAGACAUCACUGUCGGUCGACUGCAAUUAUAACGGUUCUUCUUACUACGGUGACUGUGGGCUUAGUUGUAAUGUGUCUUUUUGGGAUGCAAUAUUUUGUAAUAGAAGCGAGGAAAAUGGGCGUUUCGGAACUAUGGACUAAGUCGUUUGUAAUGGCUUUACUAGGUGUGGUGCUUCUGGGUUAUGGAACUACGUUUUACGUCAUCGUGAAAGACGAGGUCGUUCCUUGGCACAGGUGGUGGAGUAAUACGGUCGAUGUUAAAUUAUUACUAACACCUUCCAUCAUUGAUUUUCACGAAAUUUUAGAAUAAUAAAAAAAAUU